CAUUGACUUUGGUUUUUCGUUUGGUGUCGGUGGUCGGUCCAAAUGUAUGUGUGUUUCUGUGUAUGAUGGAUUUAAUUUGGUUUGUGCGUGGCGAUCGUGUGGCGAUGGUGUGGUGUGUGUCUUGUAAAUAAAUUCUUACAAAAAACUGUUCAAAAGAACUUAAAAUCGCUUUCUAAUUAUUCACCGUUAAGGUAAUGGUAUAAAGUGUUGUGAUUUUCAUGGCAGAUAUUGAAUAAACUGUAAUCGUACUUUGUGCCUUCAACACAAAAUUGUAACAAUGUCUUACAAUUACACGCUUGACGAAUUCUGUGGAUCAAAAUUCUGGGAUAGUUCACUCUCGUGGUAUACAAACAACCCAGAGCUAACACCAUGUUUCGAGAAAACAGUUCUUGUGUGGAUUCCCUGCUUUUACCUGUGGGUGGCGGCCUUACUAGAUAUCUAUUACAUAUUACAUAGUAAAGAGAGAAAUAUACCAUGGAAUAUAUUAAACAUCAGCAAAUUGGUCAUCACAUGCUUUUUAAUAGUUAUAAAAUUUGUGGAUCUUGGUGUGGUUGUACACAUUUCGUCCCAGGAGGAACCUGCAUUUCCAGUGUACAGUGCAGACUACUACAGUCCCAUUAUAAAGAUUUUGACAUUUGCUUUAUCAGCAACUUUGCUGUAUUACAAUAGGAAGUAUGGAAUGCGGGCAUCAGGAGUCCUAUUUUUCUUCUGGUUGCUCCUGGUUAUGGCUGGGAUGCCCCAGUUUCGGUCUGAAAUCACACGCCACUUCUUGCGAGAGGAUGAUGAGAAUGUCAGAUAUAACUUUGUCAGUUACAUGGUCUAUUACCCUUUGAUAUUGCUGAUGUUUAUACUGAAUUGUUUCGCCGACUUGCCUCCGAAGGACUCUCCUUAUAAAUACGAAAAGAACCAGUGUCCAGAAAGCGCGGCCGGGUUUCCCAGCCGUCUGACGUUCAGCUGGUUCGACCCACUGGCUCUGACCGGAUUCCGCCGGACCCUCACGGAACAUGACCUGUGGGCGCUCAACCCGCCGGACUCGACCGCCGAAGUCGUGCCGCGAUUCGACAAGUUCUGGCAGAAGUCUCUUAGAAAGAGGGAGAACGCUAACGGUGCAAAGGCGACGUACAGCAAAACAUCGGCCAGCGUCAAUUUUAAACCCGAGUCGGAAAGAAAGCCAGCCUCUAUACUACCAGCGCUUUGCUUGGCCUUUGGGGGCCAGUUCCUCUUCGGAGCCCUGCUCAAGUUGAUCAAUGAUGUUCUCAUGUUCCUAUCACCUCAACUUUUAAAACUCCUUAUAGGUUUCGUAGAAGGUAAAGAAGAGUUAUGGAAAGGAUACCUUUACUCCGUAGGACUACUGGCCUGCGCUUCUAUACAAACCAUGUUAUUGUCACACUACUUCACGAGGAUGUACUUAGUCGGAAUGAGGAUACGGACCGCCCUCACUAGCGCCAUCUACAGGAAGUCUUUACGCAUGUCCAACUCUGCGAGAAAAGAAUCCACCGUUGGUGAAAUCGUCAACUUGAUGUCUGUUGAUGCUCAUAGAUUUUUGGACUUGACUGCGUACUUGAACAUGAUUUGGUCAGCACCACUUCAGAUCGCUCUAGCGUUAUACUUCCUAUGGGGCAUCCUCGGCCCCUCAGUGCUGGCCGGUCUAGCCGUGAUGAUCAUACUUAUACCAGUGAACGGGCUUAUAGCCAACAGGGUGAAGACACUGCAAAUUAAACAGAUGAAGUACAAAGACGAAAGGGUCAAGCUUAUGAAUGAAGUACUCAAUGGAAUUAAGGUACUUAAAAUGUAUGCUUGGGAGCCAAGCUUCGAGGACCAAGUACUUAAAAUAAGGAAUAAGGAAAUGAACGUUUUGAAACAAACAGCGUAUCUAAACUCUGCGACAUCAUUUAUUUGGUCUUGCGCACCGUUUUUGGUAACAUUUGUAACGUACGUCACAUUUGUGGUGUCGGAUCCUGUAAAUAAUCAGCUUACGACAGAGACGGUAUUCGUGUCUAUGGCCCUGUUGUUAUCUAUGAAAGCUCCGUUAAUCAUACUCCCCUACGUCAUAGUAUACAUGAUAGAGACAUCAGUCGGUAUAAAACGAUUGAACAAAUUCAUGAACUGUGAUGAAUUGGAUGAGAGUGCAGUGGAGCACGACCCUAAAGAACCGAAUCCACUAGUAAUAGAGCACGGGCACUUCACAUGGGGGGACGAAGCGGAGCCAACAUUGAAGAACAUCAACCUGGAGAUCCCUCGUGGCUCCCUGGUGGCCGUGGUGGGCGCGGUGGGAUCCGGAAAGAGUUCGCUCUUGUCCGCUCUGCUGGGGGAGAUGAACAAGGUCUCCGGGAGAGUCAACACUCAAGGUACGGUGGCCUACGUGCCGCAGCAGGCGUGGAUACAGAACGCGACCCUACAAGACAACAUAUUGUUCGGCAAACCGCUCGACAACCACAAGUACCAAAAUGUCAUUAACGUCUGCGCGCUCAAAACUGACUUCGAUAUGCUGCCCGGCGGCGACCAGACUGAGAUUGGAGAGAAAGGUAUCAACUUAUCUGGCGGGCAAAAGCAGCGAGUAUCGCUUGCCCGCGCCGUGUACUUCGACGCCGACAACUACUACUUGGACGACCCUCUCAGUGCAGUCGAUUCGCAUGUCGGAAAACAUAUCUUCGAUAAGUUGAUCGGCCCCAACGGCUUACUCAAAAACAAAACGCGCGUGUGGGUGACCCACAACGUGUCGUACUUGUCUCAGACAGACUUGGUGCUGGUCCUUCGCGACGGACAAGUCUCAGAAGCUGGCACCUACCAGCAACUGCUAGAAAAGAAGGGCGCCUUCGCCGACUUCCUGCUGCAUCAUCUCAGUGACGCUGAACGGACCUCCCCUGAAGAACUUGACGAGUUGAAGCAGGACCUGGAGACGAAGCUAGGCUCGGAGUUCCAGAACAAGCUGCAGCGCGCGCGCUCGCUGUCCGAGAGCGCCUCCGAGUCGGAGCCCGCCGCCGCCGCCGCCGCCGCCGGAGAUAGUCGCGACAGUAUAAAGAAACGCACACCCGAAGCCACUCCCAACGAACUGAAAGAGAAAAACAAACUCAUUGAAGCGGAAAAAACCGAAACUGGAAGUGUGAAGUGGGGCGUGUACAAGCACUACCUGAUGAGCGUGGGCGUGUUCGCGUCGCUGGUGACCGUGCUCAUGAACCUCGUGCUGCAGGUGUUCCAGGUCGGCUCCAACUACUGGCUGGCGCGCUGGUCCAGCGACGAUCGAAUUUUGGUCGACAACAAAGUGGACACUUCUCGCAGGGACAUGUACCUGGGAGUGUACGGCGCACUCGGCGUCGGCCAGGUGGUGUCGGUGUCGGUGUCGUCGCUGGCGCUGUACCUGGGCACGCUGCUGGCGGCGCGCGCUCUGCACGCGGCCAUCCUCGCGGGCGUGCUGCGCGCGCCCAGCAUCGGCUUCUUCGACUGCACGCCCGUCGGCCGCGUGCUCAACCGGUUCAGCAAGGACGUGGAGGUGCUGGAUAACGUGCUGCCGAUGACCUUGCGCGGAUGGACCUCCUGCUUCUUUGCGGUACUAGGAACACUGUUUGUGAUCAGUUUCUCGACGCCAAUAUUCUUGGCUGUGAUACUGCCGAUCGGAGUGGUGUACUACAUCAUCCAGCGCUUCUACGUGGCGUCGUCGAGGCAGCUGAAGCGGCUGGAGUCCGUCUCCCGGUCGCCCAUCUACUCCCACUUCGGGGAGAGCAUCACGGGCGCGUCCACGAUAAGGGCUUACGGAGUUACGCAAAGAUUCGUUAAAGAGUCCGAGCGUGGCGUGGACCACAACCAAGAGUGCUACUACCCGAGCUGCAUCGCGAACAGAUGGCUGGCGGUGAGGUUGGAGAUGAUCGGCAACCUGAUCAUCUUCUUCGCGGCCAUCUUCGCUGUGCUCGGCAGGGAGACCACCUACGCUGGCCUGGUCGGUCUGUCCGUCAGCUAUGCGCUUCAGAUAACGCAAACACUAAACUGGUUGGUACGCAUGACAUCCGAGGUGGAAACUAAUAUUGUCGCCGUAGAACGAAUCAAGGAAUACGCUGAAACGAAGCAGGAGGCACCAUGGACGAUAGGCAGCGGUCCGGGCUCGACGUGGCCCGAGACCGGAGCCCUGCAAUUAGAGCGACUCACGCUUGGCUACCGCGCCGGGGAGCCCGCCUUGCGUGACGUCACGUGUUCUGUGGCGCCCGGGGAUAAGCUGGGCAUCGUGGGCCGCACCGGCGCGGGCAAGUCCACGCUCACGCUUGGCCUCUUCAGGAUAGUGGAAGCCAUGGGCGGCAAGAUCCUGAUCGACGGCAUCGACAUCGCGACGCUGGGCCUGCACCAGCUGCGCGCGCGCAUCACCAUCAUCCCGCAGGACCCCGUGCUGUUCUCGGGCACGCUGAGAAUGAACCUCGACCCCUUCGAGGCCUACACCGAUGAGGAGAUCUGGCGGUCGCUGGAACAUGCGCAUCUCAAGACGUUUGUGAAAGGUCUGCCGGCGGGGCUCCGGCACGCGAUCUCGGAGGGCGGCGAGAAUCUGUCGGUGGGCCAGCGCCAGCUCGUGUGCCUCGCGCGCGCGCUGCUGCGGAAGACGCCGCUGCUGGUGCUGGACGAGGCCACCGCCGCCGUCGACCUCGAGACCGACGACCUCAUACAGAAAACAAUCCGGUCGGAGUUCGCGUCGUGCACGGUCCUGACGAUCGCCCACAGACUAAACACGAUCAUGGACUCCACCCGAGUGAUGGUGCUCGAUCGCGGGCAACUGGUAGAGUUCGCGCCGCCAGAACAACUGCUGCAAGACAAGAAUUCCAUCUUCUACGGCAUGGCGAAAGACGCGGGUCUCGUCAACUAAACGCAUUGUAACUAAACAAACUUAUUUCGCCCGAUGCGGUGUCGCUGCUGUUGAAUAAAUUCAACGUGCAAUUAAAUUUAAAACGACUUGAAAGUUUCCGAUUUUGGUUCCGAGCCGUGUCAUCGAACGAUUCUUUAUUUUAAUUCCAGCCAGUGCUAUUGUAUUUGUGCCAAGUUGAGCCAAUUUUUAUUUAAAAAAUAAUAGGUUCAUUCUUCAUCGUAUCGUUUGACUCAUGAUGAGCAAAUGCCGUAGUACACCAGUAAACCGUUAGUUGUUUGUGCUUUGCUCAAUGAUUCUAUUUUUAACUCAAAUAGUGCUUUUUAGUUCAUAAAUAAAUAACCUGCGUUAAAAAAGCUGGAAUUAAAAAUCGAGUUAUGGCAUAUUCAUCAGUGUAACAUAGUUAUAAUGUGUGAAAACCACAGAAAUCUUUUUUUCUUUUUCAAUUUAGCGAUGUUGAUAAAAGUAGUGAUUCUACCCACCAUAGAGUAUGAUAUCCGAGGCAAUGGUAUGCCACAACGACUAGACCUGAAGCGGCUAGAUGGGGAACUAUUCAUGAAAGAUUCUUUUCACCAUAGCAUUGUAACACUAGAACUUAUUUUUUAUUUUAUUUUUAAAACUUCAGUUCGAAGGUUACUAAAUAAAAUUUUAAAUAUUUUAUUGAUAGAUUCCAACAUAGACCAUUUAGUGAAUUAGUGCUGAUCAAGUAUCUGUCGUGCAUCAGUUCCUAGAAGGAAUACCCAAUCAAUGCGCUAUAUAUAUUACACAAAUGUAUAGUACUCAAAACUUCACCUCGCUGCCAUGCUUAAUAUUGAUUUACUCGCCUCAAAGUAAGAUGUGCCUUUAGGUGUCGUUUCUUUGCAGUGUUUGAAAUUUGAAAAACAAUGUUUUGCAAAUUGACCGUUUACUAAUUUAUUAUGAUUCAUGUUACAUUGCUCAAACGAUAAGCAGUACCUAGCUCGUAAAUACAAACCAAACACACAUUUUGGAUAUGACUCACAUCACGUAGAAAGUACUUAAAUAUUUUACAAUUUUUAAAAUUAAAAUCUAUAAAUAUACAUUGUGUUUUUACUUAAUAAUGAAUGUACUUACUUGAAUCUAUUAUUAGUAAUUAUAAUGUUCAGCUUAAAAGUACCAGCCCUUCUUGAUCAUAUUUUCCGCCACUUUUAUAAUAAUAAAUGAAUUGGCAUCACACAUCACAAUUAUUUAACACCAUUGCCACACGAUGUUCGUUCUAAAGCGUCCGCUGCGUAACGCGACGGAUUCUCUCUGUCACCAAUCUUACAUGUGAAAGAGAUUAAGAACUUCUAGCUCUUUCACACGCAAUAUUUUACGACUGUGAUGGGGACAAUCCGUCGCGAGUAAAAUACUUCAAACAGCUGAAGUCGGCAAGUUGCUAAUUAUUGCCUUACAAAUGUAUUAUUUGGGGCCAUCCAUAAAUCACGUCACUUUAAAAGGGUAUCUGAGGGGUAUCCUGUAUUUCUUGACGUCACAUUUCAAAAUCUAGACUACCUACAUUAAUAUUCAUUAUUCUUAUUGUUUUAAUAAUUUCUAGGGUUUUCAAUUAAUUCAUAAUUGCAAAACUUGCGACGUCACAUUAAUGAUCUCCCAAAUGUGUCCAAUUGUAACAAGGACGGGGAGGGGUAAAAACAUGUGACGUAAUUUAUGGAUGCCUACUUUUCUCGAACUUAGAUUAAUAUAUUUUUUUUUUUUCAUUAGACUGCAUGAAAAUUAACGUUAAAACGUUGUGUUUUGCGUAAAUACUCCGAAAUGUUUUAUAUUUUACGCUUUUGAAAUUUUAUAAUGAAAACAUGGAAAUGCGGGUUACCAUUAACUUACUUAUCCUGAAAAAUUGGAAAAGAAAGCUACUAUAAGAGUUAUCGAAUAAGGUUUUAUUGUAGAAACAAAGUGCUAAGAGAAAUGUGUUUGUACUUAUGUAAAUUGAGACAGAAUUUUUACGAAUGUUAGUAUUGUUUGUGCUUAAUAAGUACUUAUUAUUUCCUAGUUCCGAGAAGAAAUAGUUUGAUUUUGUGGUGUUUACACUUACAGAAUUAACAAAGUUGUUGUUACAUAAUCUACUUAUACUGCCCAUUUACAGAAUAUUUACUUCCAUGUAUAUUGUAUAUAUUGUACUAUACGUAGUGUAGUUAUUAUAAUCUCUGUGUGUAGUAUAAGUUUUCAAUUUGUACUAGACAACCUUUACUUUUGCUGUACGCUGUGAUUAGUUGUUGCAUCUGGCUGCGGAAAGUAAAUAUAAACAUUGAGUUCCAAUUGAAAUCUCAUAUUAAGUACACUAUUUGAAAUUCAAGUAAUUUGAAAUAAAAAUACUUAUUGUAUUUUGUGCCUACAUCAAUAUUUUCAAGUUAUUGUCAAUUUGAAGUACAUACAGCAAUAAAAUGUGAUAAAAAAUAAUUCAUCUGUCUUAUACAAUUCUGUUUCACAUAAAAUGUGGUAGAUAUGUUAGAACCUACUAUGAUAUUAGAAUGUUAUGUUCGUGUCUAGUGGUAAGAGUCCCUGAGACCAUCCGUGAAAAACCAAUCAAAAAUAAUUGACCAGUCAUGACAUCGCAAUGGUCAAUUUUCGGUGCGAUUUUCUUUCGAUUCUUGGCCUGCUCUAUGUUAUACUGACAAUGAGCACGCUGAUUGUGAUAUCAUGUGAUGUAGGUUAUUCAGGGAUGUAUUCACGGUCCAAAUUUAACUACCAGCUGCCUUGUAAAUGUUAGAUGUGUUCACCUCACUAGGAGACAAUUUUUUCGGGAUAUAAGUUUCUACGCUGACGUAAGUAAGAGUAAUAAUAGUCAAAUGUUCACAACUCAGAAUAUAAUUUAUAAAGAUGAACAACGUCGGAGUUUAGUGGACAAUAUCGAUUGUAAAAUCCGUCUUAUGGCAACUAAAAUUAUUUGUUUUAAUUUUGUAAUUGCCAUUUUCUUUUACCUCAUAUUAUUGAAGUUGAUGAAUAAUUUAGUGGUCAAUACCUAUCUUUGUUUCUGCUCAAGUGUAAGUGUAGUUGUUUAAGUAUGGUCAAUGAGGUCGCUCAGUCUUAUACAUACUAUGUUUUUGUAACAAUAGUGUUUACAUAUUGAACUAAUUAUUUGGUUGUUAUUAGCUGUAUUUACCAAGUGAAAAUCAGCCUGGUUAAUUUAUGAGACUUAAUUGACCGUACAUAGAUUAUAUUUAAUGCUAAUAACGUUUGCUAAAAUGUCAAUAUACCCCAGCAUGACUAUAAUACUUGUUAUGUGGUUAUAAAAGGGGAAAAAACUUGUACGUAUUUCGAAAAUGUCCGAAUUUAUUUAUCUGAAUGUAAUAAUUUAUUAACAAAGGAUUCACUUGAAAUGUGCGAAUUUAUAAAAUGCAAACGUAUAAUAAGUACCUGAUGAAUCUCCGAGCGUUUCGACCGCUGCGGCCGCGCUGUCAUUAUGAUCCGUCAAUUUUCUUGAGAAAGGAAUCAUUUCCAAAAUCAAUCAUUCAAAAAAUUGACUUCAAUACAGAUAGUAAAACUGUUUCUUUUCUUUGUUAAAACGCACGGCCGCAUCGGCUGUCGAAACGCUCGGAGAACCACCCACGUAUACAAAGUUUAAAUGUUCGAGUUUGGUUGGAUGCUUAUUGUUCUUUCCUUUAAUAUUUUUUAUUGAGCAGGAAGUGGCCGGAGUCGAUCGCUAGUAAAUAUAUUUGAACAGGUCAGGUGAACCCACCAUACAGUUAUGCAAACAAGGAAUCCGAACGUAACUCGUGCAUUUAUUUUAGGCGGGAAAACCCACUUAGCCGAAAUCUCAUCUGUUUAUUGACGAGAUUAUUCUUGCCUGCAUUUUGAAAGAUUCAGUACAUAACUGAGUGUUUUUGUUGAAAAAUAACGUAUUCUAUGCACAAUUUUAAAUGUGUACGAAUGCCCAAUGUAUGUUUUGUACCAAGUGACAUGUGUUAAUUAGCAGUAAAUAUUAAAGUUAAUAUUACGAAUUGUAAUGGAAAUUAAAUAGAUAUAAUUUACAUA